AAGUUUGACAAAAAAAAAAAAAUAAUUCACAUAACCGAAAGUGGUCAAGCCUCAACAGAAAUCAUUUUUCUAAUCCAAAUUUUCGCGCUCCAGCUGCGUUUCACCGGAGAUGAGGAGCGUGUGGCUGUGGAUAGCGGUGGCUGUGUGCUCGUUAUGCUCAGUUCGGAGCGGAUCUAGCGAUGGAUUUGAGAAACCAAGAGAUACUUUGAUACUGGAUACCGAACUGAUGGCGUCUAAGGUUUCAAUGGUGCCUCUCACCUUGAUUCAGGGAGCUGACUCCAAAGGAGCUGUGUGCCUAGAUGGGACGUUACCUGGUUAUCAUCUAGAUCAUGGGUUUGGUUCUGGUGCUAACAGUUGGCUCAUCCAUCUUGAGGGUGGAGGAUGGUGUGACAAUCAUAGUAGCUGUGAGUUUCGGAAAACAACUCGGCGUGGUUCCUCUAAGUUCAUGGAGAAAGCGUUGAACUUCACUGGGAUAUUGAGCAAUAAACCUCAAGAGAAUCCUGACUUCUAUAACUGGAACAGAAUCAAGUUGCGUUACUGUGAUGGUGCGUCUUUCUAUGGGGAUAGUCAGGACGAGGGUUCGCAAAUUUUCUAUCGAGGACGACGAAUCUGGCAAGCUGCUAUGGAAGAGUUCAUGUCUUUAGGCAUGCAGAAAGCAGACCAGGCUCUGCUUUCUGGAUGUUCAGCCGGAGGAUACGCUUCCAUCCUGCACUGUGAUGACUUCAGACAACGAUUACCUCUUUCUACAAAAGUAAAGUGCUUAAGUGAUGCUGGAAUGUUUCUAGACGCAGUGGAUGUCUCUGGGGGUCACUCGCUUAGGAAUAUGUUUCAAGGUGUUGUUACAGUCCAGAACCUCCAAAAGGACAUGUCCAGUACAUGUACAGACCAUUCGGAUCCUACUUGGUGCUUCUUUCCACAGAACUUGGUUUCCGACAUCAAAACUCCAAUGUUUCUUCUCAACUCAGCAUAUGACUCGUGGCAGGUCCGACAGAGCUUAGCUCCUUCAUCUGCUGAUCCAAGAGGCGUCUGGAAGGCAUGCAAAUCAGAUAUCUCGCGUUGUAAUUCAUCACAGCUCCAAUUCUUACAAGAAUUCAGGAAACAAAUGGUGCUUGCCCUAAACUCAUUUUCAGCAUCUCCCCAGAACGGUCUUUUCAUAAACUCUUGCUUCACUCAUUGUCAGUCUGAGACACAGGACACUUGGUUUGCUCAAGAUUCUCCCAAGUUAGACGGAAAAAGAGUGGCAGAGUCUGUAGGUGACUGGUACUUCGACCGAACCAACAAUGUUAAAGCCAUUGACUGUCCUUAUCCAUGCGACAAAACAUGUCACCAUCUGGUUUUCCAAUGAGUAAUCCAAUAUCUCUCAUUUUUUUUUCAAACUUGUUCAAUUAUUGUGCUAAAAUAAGCUUUUAUGCAGUGUUGAUUAAACAGCUUCUUCAAAGAUUUGAUCUCGUUUCCUUUAGUGCUUC